AUGGUUAAGACCCCAUCCAACUCCGGAAUAGGCGUGGAGCCCAAGUACAAAGGCGUGCGGUUGAGAAAAUGGGGGAAAUACGUGUCCGAAAUACGGCUCCCAAACUGCCGGGACCGAAUAUGGCUGGGCUCGUACGACACGGCCCAGAAGGCCGCGCGGGCCUUCGACGCGGCCCUCUUCUGCCUCCGAGGGCCCGAAGCAAAAUUCAACUUCCCGGAGGACCCGCCUGCAAUUCCGGGCCGCCAGGGUUUGAGCCCGGCAGAGAUACAGGCCAUGGCCCAGCACUAUGGUAAUAAUAUUAGCCAUUCGGACUCGGGAAAUAAUGAUCAGCCGCAUCUGGUGCGGGCGGAGCGGGAGUUCUUUGAGGAAACAUCGCCGUCUGAUGGGAGGUGGCCGAGGGACGAGAUCGACUGGUCGUUCCUGAACGUGUUGGACUCGGAUAAUAUGGGCCGGGUUUCGGAUUUCGGGCUUUUUCACGAGCCCGGUGAUAUGUGCGUGCCUCCGCAUUUUCCAAAUAAUAAUGAUGAUGAUGAUGGUUACGAGUAUGGGAGCAGUGGUAAUGUGCAGAAUUUUCUCUGGAACUUCUGA